AUGCAAUUGUUCAUUUUCUUUAAGAAAAACGAAGAUGAAAUCGCUGUGUCAUCUGACCGUCCGGUGGACAUCAAAGACUGGAAUGAAGACCAUGUGAGACAAUGGCUGCUUGAGAUAAAAGUGGACAAAGAAGGGGCUGACAUUUUGUAUAAUGAGAAAAUGAAUGGAGCUAGUCUUCUCCUCUUGGAGAUGUCUCACCUCACAGAACUACACCUGUCAAUGAAUGCAAAAAUACUUAUUAUUAACAACAUAGAUCUUCUGAAACAAAAGAAUCAGCAGCAGAAUGACAUGGUGACUAAGUCUUAUAGCUUAAAGCCUUACCCUUUCAAUAGAUUUAAUGCUGCUCACAGGUACAGAGAAAACAGCAUUCUAGAUGUGACUGAAACUGGUCCUAAAGACUUCAUACAACCAUGCCAUGAAUUCAAAGGAUUCACAAACACAGCAGAAAAGGACAGAAUGAAAAAAUACACGUAUGAAGUCAUUCGAUUUGCAGCAGCUUGUAUGAAUAGUCGCACAAAUGGCACCAUUCAUUUCGGAGUGGCAGACAAACCUCAUGGACAAAUUCUGGGUAUUAGUGUCCAGAACACAGAUACUUUUGAUGUAAAACAGUCACAUGCAAUUAAAACGCAUUUCAAAAGGCAUCACAAGCAGGACAACAAGCAGGUUCAAAUAGCAAAGAGGUGCAUUAAACCCCCUCGAUUUGUUGAAGUUCUCAAAGCUGACAUGACAUCUACAGGAAAAUAUGUUAUUGAGGUAGACAUCGAGCCAUCCUCCAUAGUCUGUGAUGGCCGUUACUUUAACACUUAUAAUGUAGUCAAAAAGCCCACAGCUGGAGAGAGGAAGAAGGAUGAUGGCAAGUCUUUUUUCAUAAGAGACAGCAGCAGCAGCGAUGAUCUUAUUACAUCUAAUUCCUUGAAGGAAUAUGAGAAAUACAUAAAAGACAUGCCACAUUUGUCCCAGUUGCGGAAGGAUGCUGAAGAAAACCAUCUCUCUGUUGUCAAAAGCAGUGUGCAAGGCUCUAAACUGUGUGAGAUGAUAACAGGAGGGACGCAAUCUUUGGACAGGUCACACUUUGCAUGGUACAUUGUGGUGGCUAACAAGUCCCAUCCUGUUCAGUUGGAAAACCUGCGGUUCCUUCUUCACAUGGAUCUAGUUGCUGUUUUAGAUUUUGAUCCAGAAUCUGCUGAAAGCGGCUUGAAUAAGCUGUUUGAAGAGAGAAAAACCAAUCUUCACACGCCAGCUCAGUAUAAAAUCACUGGUGCAUUUGAAGACACAGCAAACAAGUUAAAGCUGACCAAAAAUACAAGCUGGAUUUUAUGUAAUGGGGACAUUAAAGACAAAAGCCCCUCUGAUGCUGAUAACUGGCCAAUUGAGAAGGGAUCUUCAGUGCGUGAUGUAGUUUCUUUCCUGUGCAGAAAAGAUGUGCUGCCUCACAAGAAAUUUCUCACCAUUUUCUUGCUGUUAAGUCAGGUGAGUGAUGGAAAAGACCCUUUACUUGAGACCUUCAAUAUGUUUUUACAGGAGCUCAAGGGAAGAAACCAAAUCUUAUGCAUCAGUGAUAGUAAAACCUCAUACGACUACUGGAAGGAACUCAUUGAGCAACGAUAUCAAGUUGACAUCUCAACAAGAUGCAUUUAUGAGCUGAGUUUUGUUGAGGUCAAUGGCACUGUGCUCAGUCUGUGGUCAGAGAAUCGCAAAUCAAGCCGCUUUCUGCCUUGUGGUGGUGGCAGUAAUGUUGUGCUCUCAAAGAAAACUGAGGACUCCUUAGAAACGUUGAAUGUUCUUUGUGUGAACCAAUGUGAUGGAGGAAAUGAGGACAAACGAGAACAUGAGGAGAUAUUUUACAAGGGAGGGAAGGUGUCUUGGUGGAACUUCUACUUCUCAGAACAGCCUAGGUCAAUGCCAUUCAUUAAACGUGACAAAUUUAACUACAUUGUCAAUACUAUUAUUCCAGACAUAUGCAGUCGGAAGAGAGUGUGUGAGUUUUUCAGCAUCUUCCAUCUUCCAGGCUGCGGUGGCACUACAUUAGCCAUGCAUGUUCUUUGGACACUCAAGGAUAAAUUUCGUUGUGCAGUGUUAAAAGACACUACAGAUGAUUACACUACCAUAGCUGAACACGUAGUGCAGCUACUAACAUAUGAGACAAAAGACCAACCUCCACAAAUUAGUGUUUUGCUCAUGAUUGAUGAUUUCCAAGACAUUUCUGACGUAAAGAAACUCCAAAAUCAAAUUGAGGAGCAAUAUCUAAAGAAAGACAUUUCUUCAAAAUCAUCACAAGUCAUAAUUGUCAACUGCAUGAGAGCUGAAUUGAGAGAACAAACUGAAGGAACUGAUGAUGCAGUUUUCAUUGGAAACAAUUUAUCUGAAAAAGAACAGAAACUGUUUGAGGAAAAGCUAAAUGAGUUUGAUGAUACCGAUACAAAUACUACAACAUUUUAUGGAUUUAUGAUUCUAAAGAAAGAAUUUUCAUCGCAAUAUAUUCAGGGUGUUGUGGAAAAAACCCUGAAGGACUUCAACUAUGAACAAAAACAUGCUCAACUUUUUGCUGUUAUUGUCCUUUUGCAUGUCUACUGCAAAACUGCAUCACUGUCAGUCUCUACAUGUGAAGAGUUCCUUGGUCUGCAAACAAAACCAGACUCUAAAGUUGAAGAUGGAUUUAAGCAGCUUUCCACUCUUUUGACAAGAUGCACAGUUGAUUCCAAAGUUACCUUUGAGGGUGUGAGGGUGAUUCACCCAAGUAUAGCUCAACACUGUUUGAAAGAAUUUUCCACUUUAUCUCCCAAAGUGACAAAGGCAGACAUCACUAAUCUCCUGCUCACAACAGACCUAUUUUAUGAGUACUCAUUGGGGAAACAAAAAAUAAAGCAGGAUGUACACAACAUAUUGAUGAGAAGGCAGGACUCAAUCUCAGCUCGCCUCAAUUUUUCACCUCUUAUCCAAGAUAUAAUGAAAGAGACACCGGGUGAUGUAGAGACUGUUCUAGAAAAUGCAGCAAACUGCUACAGCAAGGAUGCAGUAAUAUUCCAGCUCCUUGCCAGGUACUAUAUCAAACAACAAGACUUUAAAGAGGCCAUGGAAUGGGCAAUGAAAGCUAAAGACCAUUCAAGUGACAACUCAUACAUAUGCGAUACAGUAUCACAGAUAUUAAUACAUCAGCUGAAGCAAGCUUUUGAUGAAUAUGUUCCCAUGAAGCCAGACAGUCUUGAGAAGUAUCUUAAAUUGGCUGAGUCUGCAAAAAAAGCGUGCAAGGAAACACAACAGACAGCAGAAAAAGAGGUGAAGGGACCAAAAAAUUAUAGUAUCUACAACACUGCUGGCCAUGUUGGUGAACUUCUAAUUGCCACUGUUGUCAUGGAAAUACUGCAAAGGACAUCACUGUUUAACUCAGAUGAGAAAUGCAACAACUGCCUUGGCCAAGUCCUCAUGGGUAAAAUUAGAAUGGAAGAUUUGCCAAGAGAGAACAAUAAACUCGAGCCAUAUUACCAUGUAUUGCAGAAGCAUAAAAUAUAUCUUCUUCAACUAAAAGACAUGAUGAGGAAACAUUUUGAUUUUCUUGACAAUGUUUUUGUCAAUUCAGUACCAUAUUUUGGAGGCAAAGACAAACAUAAAGAACUGACAAAGCCCAAGAUUUCCAACUGUUUUCAACAGUACACUGACCUCUUUUGUAACAUAAAUUGGAGUGAGCUAGUCAACAAAGAGCACAUGAAUCGCAUGGUUAAAAUUGAGCAGACGCGUCAAUGUCUGGAGAGGAACAAGGGUGAUUCCUAUACUGGUCUUCUGGAAUAUUUAUAUAAAGAAGACUCUGCAUCAACUCUUGAAGAGAUCAUCCAACAGUAUUGUUUCAUUCUGAAUCCCAGAGAAGAGGCCAGACUGAUGGACACUGUCAACUUUAUUUAUGCCAAUGUAAUUCUGGCCAACAUCAACCCAGAUUCUCAGUACAUCGAGCCAUACCAACACCUUAGUCAAUUACUUCUUCAAACAAUCAACUGCUCGAUAUCAUUUAGUGAGCAUCUACCACUGUCCUACAUUGCUGUUUUGUUAUUGUGGCAAGAGACCAAACGUAAUUUACCACGUUUUGUGUCACAAAGGAAGUCAUCGUACUCAACUGAGCUGAAACCAGAAUUUAAUGGAAAGAGAGCAGCUGUCCAUUUUUACUUAGGGAAGGAUGAAGGUUACGGUGGCCUGAUUUCCCAUAGGGACAUAAACAGCUGUUUAGGAUCAGGGCAGAACUUCUCAACUCAGUGGAAUGAUGAAAAAAUAUGGAAACAAGUGAGAGACAGCAACAAACUUUGCAGAGUUUUUGGUGAAAUUUGUGAUGGAUUUAUCAGCGUUGAAAAUGUGAAGGUAUAUCCAAUGUUCAGAUGCCAGUUACGUAAAAAAUCUGGCACAAGAGUGUCAUUCUUCAUCGGAUUCUCAAUGAAUGGACCAGUUGCACUUGACAUAGACUGA